AUGGAAACUCACACUAGUAUCAAUAGUCUGCCCGACGACCUCCUUUUUAAGAUCAUCAAACGCUCCUUCAAGCAACCAGCCGCGUCAUGGAAACACUAUGCGAAGGAAUCAGAUCAGAUAGACAAGACGCCAGUACCAGCCCCUCCUUCAGACGCAGACGUGACUCAAAAUCUCUUCAUCGCGUCCGUCUGCGGUCGUUGGCGCCGUCUGGCGAAGCGUUGCGUUACCACGCUACUCGUCAAAGAAGGCCUCGUGGUAUCCCGCGACGAUCUCUCAUCCGCAGUCGCGUGCUUCCCAAACCUCACCCAUCUGCAUCUCAGCGAUAACAGCGUUGAGUCGCUUAACGACGCAUUCCUCUCCCGCCUCGCGUCUUCGUGCCCCAAGCUGACUCGCCUCCACGUGGGAAGGAGCCUUGCAUCGGAACAUGGAAAAGAUUAUCGCAAGGAGGUUUCAAUAACCGCGGAGGGAUUGGAUCGGUUCUUUCAGAAGCUUCCAGAGUUGGAGCAAGUUACGCUCUUCUGCCUCCAACAAGAGACACAGCUACCGGAUUCGUUUUUCCGGCUGGGACAUCUGCGUACCCUUCUUCUCACCGACGCCUCGGCCGCGGAUAAUAUCAGUCUCACAAACCUCACUGCCCUUACCACCCUCUACAUCACCUUUCCCUGGAAUAUUCCGCACCUCUCCAACCUCCUCCACCUCCCACGACUCGCCCACCUCUCCACCCUAGCCCCUCACCAAAACCAUCAGCCGGCGGGUGCUGCAAGCGUGACGCUGUCGUCUUGCCUAGAAUCGUUCAAUUUUCUGAUUUCAUGUCCUCGGUGGGACGCCAUCUUCCCAUCAGCAUCACCGUUCGCCGGGCUAAAGGAGCUUCUCAUCGCCAACUGCAGUGGGCUAGAGACCGUUCCCGACGGCAUAGGAGAUUUGCUGCCAUGCCUUCGCAAGCUUCAUAUUCGCAACAGCGAUGGUUUCACUCACCUGCCCGAAAGCUUCACUUCUCUGACCUUUUUGGAAAACCUCAUCGUUUGUCAUUGUGAGAGAUUUACAGCCUUACCCACCAGCUUCGGUGAACUGCCUGCCCUCAAAUCGCUGAUUCUGGAAGAUUUAUGUCUCACCGAGCUCCCUCCUUCCUUCUAUCACCUCACAUCUCUAGAAUCACUCUUCAUAGCAGAUUGCCCUGAGCUUUCGCAGCUGCCAGAACGGUUCUGCCGCCUCACAGGUCUCAAGGAGCUCAGCGUCUUCAACGCGGAGGGCUGUUCCUUGCCUGAGGACGUUGGCGCCCUUGCCAGCCUGGAGGCUCUCGGGCUGCUUGCCUGCGGGCAGCAGUCCUUUCCGCCUUCCUUCACCGACCUGACUUCCGUGACGCGCCUUGAGUUGUAUGACUGCUGGGCGAUCGAGUCUCUGCCAGAAGCCCUGGGAGAGCUGAGCAGCCUGCGGGAGCUGAAGCUCAGUAACCUUGAAAUCGGCAUGCUUCCUUGCUCACUUAUACGGCUUACGAGGCUUCAGAUCUUGAUUGUCCAAUACUGCGGUGCACUCUCAGAAAUACCUUUCCGCUUGUGUGCCCUCGUGGGGCUCAAGAGCCUGGAGCUGACGUGGUGCAUGCAGCUGAGUGAACCCCCUGCCGGUCUGCCCCCCUCUCUUGAGACCCUCUGCUUGGGGCCCUUUGAGGAAGGCUCUUCCCUUGUGGUGGACAUCUCCCAGCUGUCGCAGCUGAGGGUGCUGAAGCUGAACCGCGUUGGGGUGACCUGCGGGCCUGCAGCGGCCGAGAGGUUUUCGUUCGUGAAUCAGUUGGAGCAGCUGGAGCAGAUGGAGCAGAGGAUUGGAGGAGAAGGUGUAGACCUCUCAACUUCUCUCUCUCAACUGCGCAGCUCGUUCAAUGAGCUGGUGGAGAAGCGCGUGCGUGAGCUGAAGCAGGCGGAGCAGGUGAAGCAGGAGCAGGUGAAGCAGCAAGUGAAGCAGAAGCUGGAGCAAGUGGAGGAGCAGCUGGAAGAGCAGAUGGCGGAGGUGCCAGAAGAGGUGAAGCGGGAGCAGCAGCUGAAGUUGCUGAAGCAGGCGCAGCAGGAGGAGCAGCAGGUGGAGGAGGAGGUGGGUCAGGUGGGGCAGGUGUCGGAGGUGGGGCAGGUUGGGCAGGUGGGGCAGGUGGAGGAGGUGAAGAUGCGUUUAGAAGGAGAAUUCCAGGGUCUUUCUGCUUCUCUCCCUCACCCGCACAGCCUGUUCAAUGAGCUGAUGGAGCUGCUGGAAAAGCGGGUGCAACUCGAGAAGCCGGAGCAACUAGAGCAGCUGGAGCAGCUCGAGAUGUUCUGGAAAGGAAGCAAUCAGGAACCCGCAGUUCCCUUAGUGUUUCUCCCUCGCCUGCGCAGCUUGCUGAUCAAGGCGCCUGGCAUCUCUAGCCUCCCGGUAAACAUGGCCACAGCGUUUCCGGAGCUUCGGAAACUGAGCCUUCUGUCUUGGACACCGGAGGAGCUGCCAGGGAGCAUAGGGGAGCUCUCCAAGCUGACGUCACUAAUGAUCAACGCACCGCGGCUGGUGGCGCUACCUCAAGGCAUAAGCUCCCUGGCUCGACUGCGCAAACUGGAGUUGUUUCAUUGCAGGGCCUUGCGGCACCUCCCGGAGAGCCGUUGUGGCCCCGGUGCAGGCCCUUUUCACCUUACCAAGUGCAAGGCCAAGAUCGCCACUCUGAUCACCACCUCCCCGUGCGCCCGUGGCGGUUUCUCCGGUAGUGAGUGCUGCCUCUUCUGA